AUGGCAGAGAAGGCCAUGGUCGCCAGUCCGCAGUCCUCUUCUAAUAGUGUGGCGCUAUUCAUUCGUGACGCGGAUGCCACGGCCCCGGCGUUUGCACCGAUUCAAGUAAAUGGCGACGUCACCCUACAGGAGCUGGCUGAGGAGUACUGCAUCAGCAGCGUGCUAGAGUGCGACUCCACGGGCUGCGUUCAGCCAAGGGCGGUAGCGUUGGAUUCGCCUUUAGAUAUUUUGCGUGGCGGGCGGUAUUACAUCGCCAGACGCGACCUGCAGCGCGUGGGACGCUCGCCGCGCGUGACGUUUCGUGGGAAGAUUACAGUGGAGGAGUUUGAGGCGGAUCACGCGCUCGGACAACAGCAGCAGCAGUGGAAGGAGAACGAUGUCUCUGCCACCCUGCCGGUGAGUCCCACAAGGGCUCCUGCCGCCGUUGCUGCCCCGAUGCACCCAACGAAGCGGAAUCGCCGUGAACGCGAUGAGGGCUGCGGCGACGCCGACGGCGGUGGCAGCAGGAGGGAGGUGGAAGGUGAUGACGAGGGGAAUAUAUUCGAGGGCCUGGACGUGUCCCGCUGCACGUUUGUGCCGUUCCUGGGUGACCUCUACGGCGACGGUCGAGAGACGAUGAUUCAGCUUGCGGAUGUCAAGCCACUGUGUGAAAACGUAGAGGGCGACGAGCUCAUGUUCGCGGAACGGCACGCCCAGGCAGAGGAGGUCUUGGCUGGGGCAAAGCGGAUGCUUCUUGAGCUCACUCCUGGCAGUAGUAUCGCUGAAAAUGCUGCCACCCAGUUCUGCUGA